AUGCUCAUAUUUGGACUCGGCUGCCCGUGCCCAGGAAUUUCCCGUCAUGCCUCCCGCCGCCCCGUCCGUCGCCCGGAGCCGGGGAGGGAGGAAGGGAGGCUCGGGCGGCGGCGGCGGCGGCGGCGGCUCCCUGGUCCUUCCAUGAGCCCGCGGCGGACCCUCCCGCGCCCCCUCUCGCUCUGCUUGUGCGUCUGUCUGGCCGCGGCCGCGACGCGAGGAGCCGCGCAGCCCGGGUCACGUAGGGAUACAAAGAACUGUAAGGUGGUCUUUUCCCAGCAGGAACUGAGGAAGCGGCUAACACCCCUGCAGUACCAUGUCACUCAGGAGAAAGGGACUGAAAGUGCCUUCAAAGGAGAAUACACACAUCACAGAGAUCCUGGAAUAUAUAAAUGUGUUGUUUGUGGAACUCCGUUGUUCAAGUCAGAAACCAAAUUUGACUCUGGUUCAGGCUGGCCCGCCUUCCACGAUGUGAUCAGUUCUGAUGCCAUCACCUUCACAGACGACUUCUCCUUUGGGGUGCACCGGGUGGAAACAAGCUGCUCUCAGUGUGGCGCUCACCUCGGGCACAUUUUUGAUGACGGGCCCCGUCCAACCGGCAAGAGAUACUGCAUCAACUCGGCAUCCUUGUCCUUCACACCUGCCGAUGGCAGCGGGGCCGACACGGGCAGUGGGGCGCCCGGCCCAGCCCCGGCGGACAGAACGGAGCUGUAGAGUCCCGGGAGCGAUGGGAACAAGUGCUCUUAGUGCACAGCUUGUUAACAGAAUGCAGAAUUGUCUAUCUUAGAUAUAUUUUUUCAAAAGAAUAUAAGGGCAGUUUUGUGCUAUUGAUAUAUUUCUUCUUUUGCUUAAACAGAGGCCCUGGCCACCAGUGUAUUUUGCUAUUGACUAGAUCCAGAACUGUUUAUAACUGUAGUGAACCAACAUAGCUCUGUGAAGCUUCUUCCCAAGCCACUUAAGUACCCUUCGGCAUUAUUUUCUUCAUGCACAUAGCUUCUUUUGAGGUCCCCUCCCCCUUGCUGAGGAGGCAGAGGUGCUUGGUCUUCAGACGUGAAAUCGAGACCUGUGCACUGUAGAGACCGGAGCUCAGAAGUGCAGGGCGCCGAGACCUGCGAGACACAUGGCCCUGAGGCAUUUGUACAGAUAAGGAUGGAGUGAUGUCUCCCGAGACUUCUCAGCUCUGUGGACAGUUUGAGCUAAGGUCGUUUAUUCUCACUAAAAGGGUGUGAAGGUCUAAAGUCUUUCCUUAUGUUAAAUUGUUGCCAGACCUGAGGGGGUGCACCAAGUGUUGUGGCAGAGGAGUAAACAUUACCUCACGGCUCGGCCUUGGCUUUAUUUUCCACUGAAAACUCUGGAAUGUAAGACAACUCUAAAAUGUGGAGCCCCACUUUGUCCAGGGUUCACAAGGAAGAACACCUGCCUUUGCCUGUUCUGAGCCCAUCCCUGCACACCUAACAGCGGCUGUAUCUGGAAGGGCAUUGUGGUGAAUUCCACUGUGUAAAAUCACACAUGGGGAACAACGCACUUCAGCGAGGCAGCAGAAAUCAGAAAGCAGAGACCAAAGAGGAUGUCCUGGGUGCUUCGUGAAGUAGCCAGUGUUAUCCCGGAGAGCUGACAAGGCCCCGCAGUGACAAACAGAACCCAAAGGGAGGGACUUCGUGCACAGGUUCAGGGGGACUCCGGAAAGAGCUUGGGGUGAAAAUAGAAAUAGUGAGGAGCUCGAAUCCCACCCUGGACACUGAUCCAUCACGUGACCAGAGACAAGCCAUUUAGCCUCUCCGUGCCUGUUCUUCAUGUAUAAACGGAGACUUACAACAUUUGUAAAAUAAUUGACACUCUCAGGGCAAAAUUUUUAAGAUCAGCAUUGUGAAAUUAAACUGAUCUGGAUCUAAUUGCCUCAAAGGCUGAAACCCAGGCAUUUGAAAUGGAAAGAAGCAGAAAGGAGGUUGACUUAGCUGAUUGGUAUGGAAACAGUUGGGCUAAGAGCCAGAAAUUUUUCUUUGUAGCGGUGUGGCUGGUUUUACUCGGAGAAGCCCUGCUGGGUUGCUGUCUAACAUUCAGUCUGGCAGAAAGGAUGUCGUUGUGCACAGACAUGAGCCGCGGUGCACAAGCUGAUGUCGCCGCAGCCAGGUGCGCAGGUACAGUCGAUGGCGGGUGUCUUUUGUGUCUGUAGCCUUGAAUGCUAAUCCUGAAAUGUAGUUUUUGAAAAAUAUUACUUUUGUAAAGCUUACGAAAAUUGACAUUUUUGCUUAUACGCAACAAGACAAAAAUAAGAAAGAGGGACACUUGACAAUUUUAAAGAAAUAAUGAGUCAUUAAAAUGAAAAGUUGUGACAAAUUGACAUGUCCAUGUGGUCAUGUCCACAUUCUUAUAUGUCUCUACCCACUUCCUGCUGAGGCCCUGACAUCCGGUGGCUCUUCCUGGUCAUGGGUGCGACAGCUUUGCAAUUCCAGAUGAGUGAUGCCCUUCUUCCUGGCUCCCAGGUGCUUCCCCGCAGGCCCUGGGGUCACUCAGGCAUAUGCAGGUUUCACUCCCCUGUAGAAAUGAGAUAUAAAAUGAAAUAUAAAAUUUCAGAUCAUGGAAGUCUCAGCAUUUAGACCAUCUCAGAAGCUGUUCCCAACCUCACAGAGGGAGCCCCAACCUUUCCCAGUGACCCAAAGAUCCCCUGUGGAGGCAGACGGCCAAAGAUGGGUCUCCCGGGACAUUUCCUGUCGCAGUGUGAGUGUCCCCUUUGGGGGCGCACACAGCACUUCUCACAUCACUCCAGUAAUGUGUGGUGGCCUGCCCCGGGGUCUGCUGGACACGAGCCACAGUGUUGGGAUAGACAAGGAAGAUGAACGAGGGGCUUCUUUCUUCUCCCCAGAGAUUCUGGGUUCUCAUUGUUCCUUCAUUUUUAUUAUAGGGCUAAACAUUUCUCUAAAAAAACCCAUAAAAAACAACAACUCUGUUUUUAAUCAUUAGUCUUUGUUUCACGGGAAGCCAGUUUUUAUUCUACCACGUUUUCCAGCAUCAACGUUAAGAAAAAUGUAACAUCCAUCGGAAAAAAAAAAAAAAAAAAAGUGGGGUGUAUGCAUGUGGUUUGAUUCCAGAUUGCUUUUGAGUUUAAGUGGUAUCAAAUUCCAGUGUAUUUCUGUCUUAUGUUAAGGAAAUAUAUUACUAAAAUGUCAGUGAGCAAUAAUGUCAGCUGUCGAGCACUAGAUUUAUUUUUGCAGGAUAUGGAGUGCAAUGAACUGAGUCAAUAUGGCGAGGUGUAUGUGAUCUGUGGGAGCUAUGCCAUUUAGCAUAGGAAAUGCAGGGACUUUCCCUCUCUGCUUCAGCCCUCGCUGCACCGUUAGGAGAUGCAGGUUUCUGCUGGUGUGUACAAAGUAUGUCCAGACAGUCAUGCAGAAUGGAUCGGAAGAAAGCAGCAGUAUAUACCAUAGUAGAGAACAUUUCUAUGUGUUUAAACUUUUCACUUCUUAGAUGCAUUUAAAUUCUUAAUGCAAAUGACAUAAUAAUUUAAAAGCUUUUCCGUGUUAAUUGAAUAGAAAAUGUCUUGCUUUAAGUACAGAAUCUGAUGAAAAGGAUUAUCGUUUGUUUGGAAGGUCCAAUAUUAUUUUUGCCUUAGAUAGCUUUGUAAUAAUUUUUCUUCCAACAAUUCAAGACUUUUGAAAAUGAUGAGAAAUUUUCAUUAAA